CAACAAGGGUUGGGCCAGAAGUGCUGGUGUUAGACCCGCUACAAAGGGAAAUGGAGGAUCGGAUGUAUGUGAGGAGAACUAAAAUUUCCAUCACUCCCAGGGAGGCUAAACGUAACUGUCUACACAGGGUCUGAAGAGAUGCAUGGUUAGUUGUAUUCUACAGAUAGAGAGGUUGUAGGACCUGCUAAUGUCAGUGACCUGUGAUUAGGUUUGUUUUUAGUGGCAGCCUGGAGUAGGAGGAACCCGAAGUCUACCUCUGACCAUAAUCCGGUACUUGCCUGUGAGCCCAGGCCAGAAAAGAAUAUCAGAUCUUCUGGAGCUGGAGUUGCAGUAUGGAACGUGAAACUGAAAAUAGUAGCUCAGAAUGUUCCUGAAGAAGAAGAAGAAGUUUCCUUUGAGGUAGAAAUGGAAGGUUUUACAAGAGAGGAUCCCUGCUUCCCCAUUUCAGGUGACAAUUGGGACUGUGAGAACCAGGAAAGACAUUUGAGGCAAUCUCCUUUAACUGAUGAGAAAACAGGGACUCAGGAAGUAAAUUGUGACCAUAUUAAUUUGGGGGAGCAUUUGAGUACAAAUCCAGCCCUCAUGGCAUCUCAGAGGGUUCCUACAACAAAUGGCUUUCAGGGUCAUAACUCAGAUAUUAAACCUUAUUGUGAGCAAACCUUACUUAGUUGUCUUCAAAGUUACACAGUUAAGGGAACUGGUGACCAUGAUGCUUGUGAAAAAGCCAUCCAUCCUUCCAUGGAAGUCACUCAGCUUGUAAGAAACCAAAUGAGAGACAAACCCUAUAAAUAUGCAGAAAGUAUUAACCACUUUACCACUCCCCUCUGUGAUAAAAAAUUUAAGAAAAGAAGCAAGAAAUUUUACAAAGGUAAGGACUUUGGGGCUCUGAGCUCAUCUCUUAAUGAAAAAAGAAGCCAUUCUACUGAGAAACCCUAUAAAUGUACUGAGUGUGGCAAUUGUUUCAAACGAAACUCUUCUCUCGUUUUACACCAUCGAACUCACACUGGUGAGAAACCUUAUACCUGUAAUGAUUGUGGAAAAUCAUUCUCCAAAAACUACAACUUGAUUGUACAUCGAAGGAUUCAUACAGGAGAGAAACCCUAUAAAUGCAAUAAAUGUGGGAAAGCUUUUAGUGAUGGAUCAGCUUUGACACAACACCAGAGGAUUCACACAGGUGAGAAGCCUUAUGCAUGUCUAGAUUGUGGAAAAACUUUCAACAGAAAUUCAUCCUUGAUUUUGCAUCAAAGAACUCAUACAGGGGAAAAACCGUAUAGAUGUAAUGAAUGUGGGAAACCCUUCACUGACAUCUCCCACCUUACUGUACAUCUCAGAAUUCACACUGGUGAGAAGCCCUAUGAGUGUAGCAGAUGUGGAAAGGCUUUCCGAGAUGGCUCAUACCUCACCCAGCAUGAGAGGACACACACUGGAGAGAAGCCUUUUGAAUGUGUGGAAUGUGGAAAGUCCUUCAGUCGAAACUCUCACCUCAUUGUGCAUCAGAAAAUUCAUUCUGGGGAGAAACCCUAUGAAUGUAAAGAGUGUGGGAAAACUUUCAUUGAGAGUGCAUACCUUAUCAGGCAUCAGAGGAUUCACACUGGCGAGAAGCCCUAUUGCUGUAACCAGUGCCGUAAACUCUUCAGGAACAUCGCUGGACUUAUUCGGCACCAGAGGAUUCAUACUGGUGAAAGGCCUUAUGAGUGUAGUCAAUGUGGAAAAGCUUUUAGGGAUAGCUCCUGUCUGACCAAGCACCAGAGGAUUCACACUAAGGAGACCCCAUACCACUGUGUGAAGUGUGGAAAGUCCUUCAGGCAGAACACUCACCUGGUAGUACAUCAGAGACUUCAUAACAGGGAGGGUCCUAGCCAGUGUCCUCAAUGUGGAAAAAUAUUUAGAAGGAGCUGGUGUCUUGUCCGACAUCAGAGAACACACCUUGAAGAGCAGCCCAUGGAAGCAUAAUAAAAAAGGGCCAUUCUUUCUUGAGUAAACAAAGGAGAUAUGUCAUGUGACUUUCCUUCUUAAGAGAAAAGAAUACUUUAUCAAAAAAGUUGAAAUAUAAGAUAUUCUAUUAUCCCAUUAAUUUUGUCAUUAGGGAACUCCUGAAGAGAGGAUUGAAUGAUAAUCAGUGUAGUAAAGGCUUCAGGGAUGAUUCAGCCUAUACCAAACAUGUAGUGCUUAUACUGAAAUAAAGCACCGGAAGUGAGGAAGGUAUUUCUCUAAAGAUACCCAUCUACAUUUAUAUCAGGAUAUUUGAAUUGAAAAGACCUGUGAAUUUAUUUAGUAUGUAACUAGUAGGAGGCAUCUUUAAUAGUGAUUGUACUGGCUUGCUUCCAUGUAUGUGGACCUAUCUGCAUUGCCCACGUGGCAUGCUGAGGUUGGCUACCCAGAGGCUAUUUAAAGUGGGCUGGCUUUACCCAGGGUCAGAUGAUUGUUCAAGGUUCCUGAAUAAACUGCAUUGAAAAAAAAAAGUGAUUGUACACCUUAUUGUGUACAAUCAAAUGCUAAUUAGACUCAAAGCUUGUAAAUGUAAUUAGGAAGAGAAGCUUUUGUAAUGUUUUUUACUGUCUUUCCUGUAUCAACAAAGGCAUAGCACUGAGAUGUCUUACACAGACACCCACAGCAACUACAGGAUUUGGUUGAGUUUUUUAUUUGAAUGCACUUCUGUCUUAUGAUCCCACCAGAACACAGAGGACUCAUUUAAUGAGGUGAAACUGGAUAUAGGAGUUGCUUUUGAUUGAAAUGAAGUCCCUUUUAAGACUAAAAUAUUCUCCUUGAUGGAAAGGGCUGCUUCUAAGAAAUAGAUCCAUUGCUUUGGUUGUUGAACAAGAAAAUAUUAAAUUGUUGUAUUUCAGUUAUCACCUGCCUUCACCAUUGUUGAUAAUUUAGGAUACAAAUUUGUUUAGUGUUCACGUCCUUUAAAGCAAAAUUCAAAGGUUUUAUUGCCAUACUAAAAACAUUUAGAUCAUUGCAAAAGAAGGCAUAAAAAUAGAUUUAUUGUUAUAACUAUGUAAGCAUGCUCAUUUUUGGUUGUAGGUUAGCAGUGGAUAAUAUAAAAAUUAAGGGGCUUUCUUAGAAGAUUAUGAUUGUGUAGUUUCCCUUUUUUAUAUAUUUUUAUAUAAUUGUAAUGUAUAUAAAAGUGAAGCUAAAAGGAAAUGAAUUUUUUAAAAUGAUCUCUGCCAGUAGAUACAGGCCAAAUAUCUUGUCAGACAUCCUACAAAGGCUAGAUCAUGGUACAGGAAGCCGUAAGCAUCUACAGCUGUAUAUUGACAGAAGCUUCUCUGGAAUCAGAGCAUUUUCAAGCCUAGAAUCAUAUCUUUUGAAACUUGGAUAUAGAGGUUAUAGUACUGUGGAGGGAGAGGGGUAUGAAUCUAAGGAUAGGGAAGAGAAUGUUAUAGGAAAAGCUGGAAUAAUCUUAGCAUGCCCUUUUUCAAUGCGGGCUGAUUGAAAGCUAGACAAUUUGGUUGAUAGCUUCAAAGGCCUGUGAGUAGAUCUCAUGGAAAUUUUGACUUGACCCUGUUUUCUAUCUUCUGAUUCCAAUGGAGGGAGAAUCAUAAAGUAGAUUCAUACAGAAGUCUUCUGUAUGAUAUAUCAGUCUUCUGAACGGAUGUCCUUCUUUAACAGCAAGAUGGUUGUCAUAUGAUGGAGAUGGAGAGAUGGUUAAGAGCAUUUGUUAUUCUUGCAGAGAACCUGAGUUUGGUUUCCAGUAUCCACUUGGUGGGAAGCUACUGGUGCCUAGUGGAUAGAGGCCAAAGAUGUCAGACAUCCUACAAAAAUUGCCCUUGAAAUAAUUUAUCAUCUCAGAAUAUUAAGAGUGCUGAGAUUGGGGCUUAUUUUCCAGCCUUAUCAUUAAAAAGAUUGGUCAUAUGUUCCUCUCAUAUGCACUAUCAUUUGUAACAAACAGAUUGUCUCUAUAAUGUUACGUGUAUGAAUAAGAUAAUAUAAAACCCUAUUGGACUGUCUACAUCACUCAAGGAACGGACACUUGGUGUUGUGCUCAAGUAAAAUAUGCUUGUACUAUUAGUGUUGGCAGUGUCUGUGCUUCUUGAUUCUACAUUCCAGAUUCUUGAACAGGAAAUCAACACCAGGCCAGCUAUGGCCCCAAGGAAGAGAUGUCAACUAUGAAAUUAAGUGAGUGAGUCCACAUGGGGUUUGUGUGAUGUGUGAAUUGUUUCCCCUUGCUCUUUUCUAAAGUUAGUUUUCUCAAAUGAUCAGGAAUAACUGCUGCAAUGAAAAUAACUAAUCUGUAGGACAUGGACACAUAUGACUCAAGAGGGAAAGCUGAGAUUUGAAUUGGGAGAGUUCCAGAUGACUUCCAGUGCAGCCUGGGCAAUUGCCAGUGUUCAGCCUGAAUGACUGAAAAAUAGGACAAAGACUGUCCUGGACUAUCAAGAUGCGUCUCAUUUAAUCACAUAGGCACUUAAUUAGGCAGAGAACUUUGGCUGAAAUCAGAUGGAAAAAGUGAAGGUGAAGUAUUUAAAAGAAUGAACAUUUAAUUUACUUUUCCUAUCUUUGAUGAACACUUAAUUUACCAUUCUAAGCUUUAAUGAGCACUUAGUUUACUGUUCCUGGCUUUAAGGCUGGAGGAUCCACAAUAUGAGUGGCUUCUGAAAGCCAGAGAGGCAAGAAAAUGGAUUCUUCCCAACGUCUCCCCAAUGAGCUAUUCCUGUUCUUAUUAGUCCAGUGAAAGUACGUAGAUUCAAGUCCAUAACUGAUUUUAACCCACUAGUUUUUGUGAUAAUUUGUUAUAUUUAGUUGAUAUACUUCUCUUGAUAUUUCUUUUUAGACACCUGACAGAAGUAUUCUGAAUAUGUUCUCUUAGCAAUCAAGUUAAGUAAACCAACCCCUUCUACUCCAUACCCAUUACAUUUUUAAUGAAAAAGACUCUUGGCUCUGCUGACUGCUGUGCUUUCAUCAUUUUAACAGCUCUGAAUUCUAGUACUAGUUUGGAAAAUUAAACAUUAUGAAUGUAUCUGGGUGGUGGCACUUAUCUUUAUUCUCAGAACUCUGGAGGCAGAGGCAGGCAGAUCUCUUAAGUUUGAGGUUAGCCUGGUCUACAGUAAGUUCCAGGACAGCAGGACUAUAUAGAGCCCCUGACCCAAGCAACAACAAAAAUUAAUAAUAAAUCCUGUGAAUGAGUAGCCUUAGUGAAAAGAAAUCUCAGAAAAGAUAGAGUAGAUUUUCCUUAACUUUACUCCCGUCCCCUCUCACUUGGUUACCCAAGAAGAAGGCACAUUUCAUCAUGAUAAAGCUUGUACAGAGCCCAAGAAUGUGCUGUUUAGAGCAGGGUGCAUAUCCAACAUGGAGAUUGUGGGGUCACUUAUAAUUAUGGUCACUGUCUUACUAGUUUCCAUUAAAAUCCUUUUGAUUUUAAAGGAUGCUAUCAUAUGCUGUCAGUGCAGAGUAUGCCUGCAGAUUGUUCACUAGACUGGUCCAACUUCAUGUCUCUCUUAGUUUAGCAACUGUACAGAGAAGAGUUGGUACUAUAGCAGAAAGCAGAACAAACUGUUUACAGUUCAGCAGGGGAGAAAAACAAGUACCACUAUGUAUCAGAUGGUUGUGAUGCCUGGGACAAAAGCUGAGAAGAGGAAUGGGGUUUAUAUUUUGAAAAGAAGUGAUUACGAUGUCAAAAAUGGGUUAGGGAAGGCCUGAGAUGAUUCAUAAGGACCAAUGAAAGACGAGGGAAUGGAUCAGUAGUUACUGGGGGAAGACUAUUCCUACAGAGGCAAGAACAUACCAUAUUUGAAAAGCCAGGAAACCACUGUGACUAGAGUGGCAUGAUGUGGCAUGGGGCCAGAAGGUAACAGGGAACCCUUAAUUAAAGUACUGCUGUCAGUCCUCCCACCAAAAAAUUAGAGACAACUAUGAUGACCUGCAUAACUGUUGAAGAUACUCUUCCCAAGGUGUGUUGCAUAUCCAAUCCUGUGACUUUAAGCUUGAUCAUUCACUUCCUUUCACAAUAAAAGGCAAUUGCAUGUGUGAUGUGUUAUGUCAACAAGAGGGUAGGAUUUAGGGAGGAGAAACCUUCCAUGAUGUGAAUUUCACAUAAGAGAAAUUAAGUCAAGGUGAAACUUCUUCAUGAACAGCAUUUAAGGAAGUGGCUUCAUUGCAGAGGCAGGUAAGGAGAACAAAGUUUUGGUAAAGAAAAAGUCCGUUUGCAGAAUAAGAUCUAUGAUUGUGGAAAGAUAAUGCUUUCAGAAUAUGAACAAGUCCUAUCAGAAGAAAAUAAAUACAUAGGAGUAGACUUGAUAACCAAAGGUACUCAGCAUUAAGUAUCAUUUCUGAUAAAAUAGACUAGCAUUCAAGUUUUAAAAAAUUAAGUGUACUGGAGCAGUGGCUGGUCUUCCAGAAGUCCUGAGUUCAAUUCCCAGCAACCACAUGGUGGCUCACAACCAUUUAUAAUGGGAUCUGAUACUCUCAUGUCAUAUAGGCAUACAUACAGAGUGCUCAUAUGCAAAAAUAAAUAAAUCUUUAAAAAAUCAAGUAUUCAGUGGGUUUUACUCUCACAAGGUGGUUCAAUCACCUGCAUUCUUCAAUUUCAGCACAUUUUUCACUAUGGAAAAGACCUUUGUACCUGAUAGUAUCCUCCCACUCCUAUGACCUUGGCAACCACGAAUCUAUUUUCACUGUGUAUUUGCCAAUUCUAUACAUUGCACAUCAAUGGAAAAACAAAACAUAUAGUCUUUUGUAACUUCAUUUAAAAUAAUGUCUUCAAGCUUCAUGUAAUAGGAACCCUUUUGUGGCUGAAAACCUUUACCAUAUGAUUAAAACCAUAUUUUGCUUAUUGAUGGACAUUUCAGCUUCCACUGUUCAGCUAUUAAGAAUAAUGCUGCUUUGAACACAUAUACAAACUCAUGCCAAUAUAGUUUCAGUAAUCUUGGGUAGAUACUUAGGAGGAGUGAAAUUACUGUGUCUUUGUUUGCAUUUUGCAAAACUGAUACCCAUAUCACUCGAACUAUUUUACAUUUCUACCAGUGUUGUAUGACUGCUUUGAUUUCUUCAUGUCCCCACCAACAUUUGUUAUUUUUUGUCCUAGUGAUGUGAAGUGUUAUCUUGUGGUUUGGGGAAAAUAUUUUAUAUAGUUGAAAUCUAUAUCCUAUCCUAUCAGCAAUUUUUUUCUGCAAGGGAAAAAUGUUAUUUUAAACUGUGUACCAUAUAAUUUCUGCUGCAGCUACUCAGCCACAAAUGACUGUAAUGUGACUGUAGACGACUUGUAAGCAAAUGAAUGUGAAUGUGUCUAAUAAAAUUUUACCUAUGGACUCUGAAA